UCUCUGCCUUCAACACCAAAUGAACACUUCUGUACCUCACUCUACCACUUUUACACUCACAUACACACACGCACACACAGACUCAUUUGUCCUUUCAGCAUGGGCAACUUUGCAGCAAAUGAAGGGCUAUCCGUCGUUGUUAUUCUGGUAUGGCUUGGAAUCAAUGCCUUUCUCUUUGUCCAUUUCUACAUGGCAUUUCUGAUCGACCGUUUCUACUACAGCAGGGUCAUCCUGGGGCAUGCGCUGCCCUGGGCGAGAGCUCCAGCUGCGUGUCUGAAUUUUAACUGCAUGUUGGUCCUCCUGCCUGUCUGCCGCAACCUUCUGUCCUUCCUCCGAGGCUCCAUACAGUGUUGUAGCCGUACAGCUGCUCGUCAACUAGACAGAAAUAUCACUUUUCACAAACUGGUAGCCUACAUGAUUGCUUUCCACACAGCUGUGCACACCAUCGCUCAUCUGUUUAAUUUUGAGCGUUUUGAGUCUGCUCAGUGGGAGGACAACAACAGCUCACUGCCUCACAUUCUGUCUCUGAUUGGCAACAAGCCCAACGAGUCUUACCUCAACCCUAUCCGAUCCAGAGAAACGAGUCAGACUAUCGUGAUGUUUACCACGAUUGCCGGACUGUCAGGUGUAGCAAUCACCCUUGCCCUCAUCCUCAUCAUUACAUCCUCCAUGGAAGUCAUUCGCAGGUCCUAUUUUGAGGUGUUCUGGUUCACCCAUCACCUUUUUAUCAUCUUUUUCAUUGGACUGGUGGUGCAUGGGGUCGGUCGUAUUGUACGAGGCCAGAGCUUUGACAGUCUAAAGCGUCAUGACCCUAAAAAUUGCAGUGAACGGUUUGAGAGAUGGGGCAUGGACCCUGACUGCCCUACACCAGACUUUGCAGGAAAUCCACCAGGGACAUGGAAGUGGGUCAUUGGGCCGAUGAUCCUGUACGUGUGUGAGAGGUUCGUUCGACUUUACCGCUCGAAGCAGAAGGUGGUUAUCACCAAGGUCGUGAUGCAUCCAUCAAAAACUCUGGAGCUGCAGUUGAAGAAGAAAGGCUUUAAGAUGGAGGUAGGUCAGUACGUCUUCCUGAAGUGUCCGUCCAUCUCGCACCUGGAGUGGCAUCCUUUCACCCUGACUUCUGCCCCUGAAGAAGACCACUUCAGUAUCCACAUCCGUAUUGUUGGAGACUGGACAGAGGCCCUGUACAAGGCAUGCGGUGGUGACAAGAGCGGAGUUCAGGAGGCCUGGGAACUUCCCAGGAUGGCAGUAGAUGGCCCCUUUGGCACAGCCAGUGAAGAUGUGUUUCGCUAUGAAGUGGUCAUGCUGGUGGGUGCAGGAAUUGGUGUAACUCCCUUUGCGUCAAUCCUGAAGUCUGUGUGGUACAAAACUGUACAGCAAAACACCAGUGUGUUCACCAAAAAGAUCUACUUCUAUUGGCUGUGUCCUGAGACACAGGCGUUUGAAUGGUUUGCAGACCUGCUUCAGUCUCUGGAGCGCCAGAUGAGUGAAAAAAACAUGAAGGACUUCCUCAAUUACAACAUUUACCUCACACGCUGGAAGGAGACAGAGGCUGCUCACUUCCGAGUUCACCAUGAAGCAGAAAAUGACCCCAUCACUGGCCUGAAGCAGAAAACUCUGUACGGAAAACCCAACUGGGACAACGAGUUUAACACUAUUGCCACCAAUCACCCAGGGUCUAAAGUCGGGGUGUUUCUCUGUGGACCGACUCCUCUAGCAAAAGCCUUAGAAAAGCAGUGCAUCAGCCAGUCGCAGGCUGGAGCGGAGUUCAUUUUCAACAAGGAAAACUUCUAAUUUUGGCCAUGGAUAGACAGGCAGACAACUAAAAUGAUCAAAUCUCUACUCAGCUAAUUUGUAGUGUAUGUGUGAUUACCACAGAAGACUUAUGUAAAAAAAUAAGUUUUCUUGAAACAUAAUGGAAAUUUACAGGUAGCUACUGAACUUCACUGAUAUAAUGAGAUGAUAUAAAUCCAGGAUUCCAACACUGGAGUGAUAAGUAAUUCUUAAGUAAUACGCUUCAGAAUAUUUUGACAGAAGGUAGAAAACAGCACAUUUACUAUUAUCUUUAAAUGACAACACAUAGCUACAAAGUCCCUCCUCUGAAACAGUACUUCCAUCUGAGGAAGGAAUAAAACGUGACAUGGUGUAACCACCACAGUCAUCAACAGGGUGGUGUGAUGUGGCACGACGCAAAGCAGAUUUACUUCAACCACGAUGAAAUUGAUUAUUUUUCUCAAACUAAACAUUUAGAAACACAAUUUUUUUUUUAUUUAAGAAAGAGUGACACAUCAGACGUUUUAAUAACAAUUUAUAUAUAGUGACAGUUGCUGUUGUAGAACAAUUUAGCUCCUGUUGUCACUUACUUUAUAACAAACUGCUGUUUCUUCAUGACCCUCUUUUUUCUCUCCAUUGAUUGACAAAAAAAACGUAGCGUUUUGUGUUAACAAGAGUUCAACUCUUCAUCCUGAAGACUUUAUGUUAAAAGUUGCUUACUGAGAAAUGAUCGUUUUAAAAAAUAAUAAAAUAAAAUGUUUAUUGAGUGUCCCAGCGUCUGCCAUCAGAUGUGAGUUUUGAGUCAAUCUUUUUUUGUUGUUGUUGUUUUCAUUCUUCUGUGCAGGAAAGUGUGUUGAAAUUACUACUGGUGGUAAUCACACAUGCUACAGAUACACUGAAUUUGUUUUAAAAGUUAUUUAAAAAAAAAACAGAGCACAACUACAGUCUAAAGGAUGAGGCAAUGGUACCAUGCGAUGAUGCUAUAGUCCUUUAUGUGAAGGUGUUGAGCUUGAUGCUUUUGCUACAGUAAGAGAUAUGAAAAGCUGUAAUGCUGAUAUAAAUGACUCAGAGAUUGUUGUUUUGCACUGAUGUAUGUUGCCUAUCAAAUCCUUAAUUGCUUAUCACACUUUGUUUUCUCUUUUCACGCUGCUUAAGUAACUUAGUAGGCUUGCUUUCUUUCUGUUUUACAUUAGAUACAAUCGAUUUGUCUAGAUGUAACAACACCUUCAAGACUUUCUGCAAGAAGAUGUGCAAUGAGACAGGCUAGUUUAACUUAAUUCUAUGACUUUGGGGCAAAAAAACAUUGCCACUAUUACACUGCAUCAUAUAAUAUUCAAAAGUUUUCAUUCCAUAUAUUUUUUUCUUCAAACAUUGUGAAAUCACAAGAUUUAAUUGCAGAAGUGUUUUUAGAAAUAACCAUCCAGUAUUCACAAGAUUAAUGAACUUUCAAAAUCUGAGUUCCUCUUUCCUAUUGAGUUGUGCUAACAAGGAAGCACCUCUGCAGCAAUGAGAAAUUAACUUCAUGUGGACAAAGCUUAAAAAAGUUCAACCAAGGUCUUCUUUGUUUUCUUUAAACCAUGCUGUUAGAUAGAAAAUGCAUAACAUUCUCACAAACAUAAUAAAAUACUGAAGGACACAAA